AUGGGCCAGACUUUGUCUUGUACAAGUUGUAAAUUCGGAAGCGCAAAAAUCGCUCCACUGCGUACUUUACCCAGUGCGAUGAAACGAUCCAAUCCCUCGAUUGUGGGACAAAAAACUUUCAGCUUUCAUAGACCAUCGCACUCAUCGCCGGAGUGGCUUUCAGUGGAACUCUCCAAUUGUUCUUCUUUAGCUACCAUUUCGUUAGGGUCAGUUAAGACGAUUUCCUCGAAACUGAGAGGCGAGAUCACAAAUAAUGAAAUAACACAAGAAGAAAACAAGGGAAGUUCUCCUUCCAGUAAGAAACAUCCAGGUAGGUUUUAAACAUAAAGGGGAGAAAAGCUUUCAUUCUCAAGUUCAAGUUCAUUUAUUCGCACUUAUUCAAUUACAAUACAACAACAAAAAGAAAAAAAAAGAAGAAGUAAAAACAGAGCUAACUAUACAUUGAAUUAAAAAUAGCAAAGGGAAAAAGUGCGUAGCAGCCAAAGGAGCCAAGCUUUCGAGUUGGCUACUACCACAGAGUGCCGGGUUACAAGUGGGAGGAGGUUAUACAAUACUUGUAAAAAACGCCUUCGUUGUGUUGUUUUAAGUCCUAGAUCGUCGAUAUCACAGUGUCAUGUUUCUUUGAGAUAAAAUUUUGGGACUUUUAAACUUCGUCGAAUCUUUUUUUGAGGUCGAGAAGACUAGCUUUAAGCGAGUCGAUUUCCUAGCCGAUUUCCUUUCGGAUAUUGGGAAGAAAUUCUUUUGCCCACAGCUCUUUCAAACUUUCCACAGUUAAUGUCAUGCUCUGGGUUACCCGGCUGCGAGCAGAGAGGCUACAUUUUCGCUGUGUGAGCUGGCGGGCGAAAAGUAGCCUCUGCCGACAACCGUUCAAUUUUCUAUCGUACAUGCGAAAGCAAAAUUAAUCGUCUGUCGUCAAAUGGCACGAGUUUUGCGGGAAUAAAAAAAUUGCGACAGCUCUCAUCUGCUACUCAAGACUCACGCAAGAUUCACGCAAUGUUCUAAACUGUUCAAGAACAGGAAAAACCCGUUUUUUUUAACUUAUUCGUCCUGAUUUCUGGACGGAUUUGAACGGUUGUCGGCAGAGGCUACUUUUCGCACCCCAGCUCACACAGCGAAAAUGUACGUAGCCACUGCUCGCAGGGUGGCUCUGGGUUAAAUUCUGUACAGUUAAACUCUUAAAUUCUGUAAGGUUCAACUCUCCACGCGUUAAACUCUCCACCCACCAUCUUCGCGUUCGUUUAUUCAUUCAUUCAUUAAUCCAUCCAUCCAUCCAUCCAUCCAUUUAUCCAUUCAUUCAUUAUCCGGCUACACAGUAAUUUAUACACUAAUCUACAUAGAGUCCACAGAAUGAACGAAAUGAAUGGAUGAUUGCAUGCAAAAAGAUAGUUGCAUACUCGCGGACACGAUUUUCGCAACAGUUUUUUCUUUCUUUCCUUCAGUUUUGACUGUUUCAUUAGCCCUUUCUUAUUAGGUAUGCAGCUGUGUUUUCCUUUGUCAUUUACAUUGUUUCUUUACUUGACAUGCCUCAAUUGUUCACCUUGACACCUUAAAAUAUGCAAACACGAGUAUUCUACGAACCGGCUGGCCCCAGGGCUCAAAACUGAUUUUCUGUCACAUAGGUCUUCUUACUCCAGAACCGGAUGAGGAUCUUUUGAAUUCUACGUUAUUACCGGACGAGGCAGCUCAGGAAUUCAGCUCUUCAAUGCCUCAGUUGAUUGAUGGAAGACAGUCACGUGUCGGGGAACUCAGGAGUGUACCUCGAGUCUCGACUCCGAGACCAUGGGAAUCCGGACUAAUAAUGGUGAAGCCUUACUUAGGUGAGACAAAGCGCUUCGGCUUCACCGUAUACUGUAGAUACACUGUAGAUAAAUCGGUUACUCCAAAAGAUUUCGUACUAUAUAUAUGGGUAAAGUUACGAGCGGGCAAGAUGAAGCGAAUCCGUGUUCUAUCGGCGACGGCGAGCGAGCACUGACGACCCAUCUUGCCCUCGCGGGAUUUCCCACUUUAGUCCCGCAAAAGAGGCCUCUUUUUGGCCACAUCAGUAACAAAUCCUUUGUUAACCAAGUUCGUUCGGUCAAUACGGCUGGAUAUUGGCCUUAAUCUCUUUUUGCGUGCCUAUUGACCUUAGUCAAUAACCAACCAUUUGACCUCACGCUUGACUCUCUUGGUUAAUAAUACAAAUCCUCAACUUCGUUCCCUGUGUUCUCUCCUACUCGUCCCUCUCUCUCGCUCCGUACGGACGAGUUGGCCGCACCCAAACAGAGCAAUUGACUGCGCCUCACAGAAAACCUGAUUCCAAAGCUUACACAUAAACCCGGAGAAAUACGUAAGUGUGCACCUAGCUACUAAGAAGUUAACUAACAUGCACUUUUCCUGUACACUCAGCAUCGUAAAUAAUACCAAUCACAGGAAGGUACUGUCCAUUCGCUACUUUAGAUCAAUAGAAACGAGAGGGGAACUGAAGCCGAAAUGCGUCCCGAAAUUGUUUCUGGGAUCGCUACCGGACAGCUGUUAGUUAAUAUUUCCCCAGAAGUCUUUGCGUAAGAUGGCUCCAACCAGAUUCCUUUUUGUUUCUAAAGUGGCGAAUUGAAUGGCCACACUUUAGGAUCCGAUUUCAUUCACAGACUCUUAAGAACCACCGUUGUACAGCAAAGAGCCAUCUUGGCUAUAAUUCUUUUGACAUAUUUUAUUACAGUUGCUGAUAAUGACAUUCAAGAAGAACCUGAGCUUGUCUGCAAACAUGGAAUACCCUUAAACGGAGCGAUCAGAGAUUCCCACAAAGUGAAUUGCGUGAAAUGUGAAAGACCAUUUUCCAGAGGAGGACGGGCAUUAGCGGGGAUGCUCGCUUUUCGACGAGCUGAAACAAAACGACGAAAGAGUAAGAGGAUUUUAAACACGAAAAGGCUUUCUGCAGAGCAAGAGAAACGGAAGAGAAUGGAGGGGGAAUAUGAUGACGCUCUUCGCCGAUUUGCUGAAAAACAUCCAAGCAAUUGA